GUUCCGAGAGGCGCCUGCGCACUGUGAGGGCGCCGGCGAGGAGGCGGUGCGCUGUGGGGAGGAGGGCGGACGGCGCCCGGCUGGCACUGCUCAGAUCUGCUUCUCCCCGGCUCGGGGCGCCGAGGCGGCGUCCGGGAGGCGUCUUCUGCAAAGGUUGCCUGGCUCUGUCAAACAUGGAGGAGGCACCGGCAGCGGGCGUCACCUGCUAGCGGGACUAGCCCUCCGCUUGUCGUUCCGGACGGCAGUGCCGGGUCCGGAGCCCAGAGACGCGGCCGCCUGCACGCCCCGAGGCGGACCCUGGCUCUGACUCCUCCGCUGGCCGCGGGCUUCCCGACUGGGACGCGGCGCGAGGAGGGAGAGCGGCGGCCCCGAGUCUCCCAGAGCCAUGGGCAACGAGGCGAGCUUGGAAGGGGAAGGGCUCCCCGAAGGGCUGGCGGCGGCCGCAGCGGCCGGAGGAGGGGCUAGCGGGGCGGGGAGCCCCUCGCACACCGUGAUCCCGGCCGGCAUGGAGGCGGAUUUGAGCCAGCUGAGCGAAGAGGAGAGGAGACAGAUCGCUGCUGUCAUGUCAAGGGCGCAGGGGCUGCCCAAGGAAAGCGUCCCCCCGGCCGCUGCGGAGUCGCCUUCCAUGCACAGGAAACAAGAGUUGGAUAGUAGUCAUCCUCCAAAGCAAUCAGGAAGACCCCCAGACCCUGGGCGUCCAGCUCAGCCUGGUCUCAGUAAAAGUAGAACUACAGAUACUUUCAGGUCAGAGCAGAAAUUGCCUGGGAGGAGUCCUUCCACCAUUAGCUUGAAAGAAUCAAAGUCCAGAACUGAUUUUAGGGAAGAGCACAAGUCUAGUAUGAUGCCUGGCUUCCUCUCAGAGGUUAACCCUUUAAGUGCUGUCUCCUCUGUUGUAAAUAAAUUCAACCCUUUUGAUUUGAUAUCAGACUCUGAGGCAUCCCAGGAAGAAAUCACCAAGAAACAAAAAGUAGUUCAGAAGGAGCAAGGAAAACCUGAGGGAAUCACAAAACCUCCUUCACAACAGCAGUCACCCAAGCCAGUUCCUAAGCAGCAAGGAGCUGGUAAGGAUCCACUUCAGCAGGAUGGCCCUCCCAAAUUGGUAUCUUCUCAACAACCAGAAAAAAUUAAAUCACAACCUCAAGGUACAGGAAAGCCAAUUCAGGGUCCUGCUCAGACUCCUCAGACAGACCAGGCAAAAUUGUCACUUCAACGAGAUGCAUCCAGGCCUCAGACUAAACAGGCAGACAUAGUAAGGGGAGAAUCAGUUAAACCCUCACUACAAAGCCCAUCCAAACCACCUAUUCAGCAACCAAGUCCUAAAAAACCUCCAGCACAGCAGCCUGGACCUGAAAAAUCACAGCCUGGGCCUGCAAAGCCUCCAGCUCAGCCCCCAGGGCUAACAAAGCCACUGGCUCAACAACCAGGGACGGUGAAACCCCCAGUGCAGCCACCAGGAACAACAAAGCCUCCAGCUCAGUCUCUUGGUCCUGCUAAGCCUCCAGCUCAGCAAACUGGGUCAGAGAAGCCUUCAUUGGAGCAACCUGGGCCAAAGGCUCUAGCUCAGCCUCCUGGAGUUGGAAAGACUCCAGCUCAGCAGCCAGGGCCAGGAAAGCCUCCAACCCAGCAGGUGGGGACACCAAAACCUGUAGCUCAACAACCUGGGCUACAGUCUCCAGCCAAGGCAACUGGGCCUACAAAGACUCCAGUACAGCAGCCUGGGCCAGGAAAGACUCCAGCUCAACAGGCAGGACCAGCAAAGCCUUCUGCCCAGCAGACUGGCCCAACAAAGCUUCCUUCACAACUUCCUGGCCCAGCAAAGCCCCCACCUCAACAGCCUGGCUCAGCAAAGCCCCCACCUCAACAACCUGGCUCAGCAAAACUCCCAUCUCAACAGCCUGGGUCAGCAAAACCCUUAGCUCAACAACCGAGCCCAACAAAGCCCUCAGCUCAACAGUCUACAAAACCAGUAAGCCAAACAGGAUCUGCAAAACCCCUGCAGCCACCAACAAUGUCUCCAUCUGCAAAACAGCCUCCAUCACAAGGCCUCCCUAAAACCAUCUGUCCUCUUUGCAAUACCACUGAACUUCUGUUGCAUGUUCCAGAAAAAGCCAAUUUUAACAAAUGCACUGAGUGUCAAACCACUGUCUGUAGCCUCUGUGGAUUUAAUCCCAAUCCUCAUUUAACGGAGGUAAAAGAGUGGCUCUGUUUGAACUGUCAGAUGAAAAGAGCUCUAGGCGGGGAUCUGGCUCCAGUUCCAUCAUCACCCCAUCCCAAACCGAAGACUGCACCUGUUACCUCAACAUCAGCAGUGAGCAAAUCAUCCCCACAGUCACAGCAGACCUCCCCGAAGAAGGAUGCUGCCCCAAAACAGGAUGUCUCCAAGGCACCUGAGCCUAAAAAGCCACCACCACUAGUGAAACAACCAACCCUUCACGGCUCUCCUUCAGCCAAGGCCAAGCAGCCUCCUGAGGCAGAUUCUUCAUCUAAGCCAGCCCCUCCCAAAGAAUCUUCUGUCCCAUCUGAGCAGGACAAGGCCCCUGUCGCUGAUGAUAAACCAAAGCAGACCAAGACAGUAAAGCCACCCACAGACCUUGUAUCUUCAUCAUCAGCAACAACAAAACCUGAUAUUCCAAGCUCCAAAGUACAGUCACAAGCUGAAGAGAAAACAACCCCUCCUCUAAAAACAGACUCUGCCAAACCCUCACAAAGUUUUCCACCAACAGGGGAAAAAAUCACCCCAGUUGACUCUAAAGCCAUACCUCGACCUGCAUCAGAUUCAAAAAUUAUUUCACAUCCUGGGCCUAGUUCAGAGAGCAAAGGUCAAAAACAAGUUGACCCAGUUCAAAAGAAGGAAGAACCCAAGAAAGCACAAACCAAAAUAACUCCUAAACCAGAUGCCAAGCCAGUGCCAAAAGGGUCACCAACACCCCCUAGCCCACGACCUACCACUGGCCAAACUGUCCCCACACCUCAACAGCCCCCAAAGUCUCAGGAGCAGUCAAGACGUUUCAGUCUGAAUCUGGGAAGUAUUACUGAUGCCCCCAAAUCACAGCCUACAACUCCUCAAGAGACCGUGACUGGGAAACUCUUUGGGUUUGGAGCAUCAAUCUUCAGCCAGGCAUCAAAUUUAAUUUCCACUGCAGGCCAACCUGGACCUCAUUCACAAAGUGGACCAGGGGCCCCAACGAAACAAGCCCCUGUCCCUUCACAGCCACCUACUUCGCAAGGGCCACCCAAAUCCACAGGUCAAGCACCACCAGCGCCUGCAAAGAAUAUACCUGUGAAAAAGGAAACAAAAGCCCCAGCAGCUGAAAAAUUAGAGCCCAAAGCUGAACAAGCUCCAACAGUAAAACGAACAGAAACAGAAAAAAAGCCUCCACCUGUUAAGGAUAGCAAAUCUUUAGCAGCUGAGCCUCAAAAGGCUGUCCUUCCCACAAAACUGGAGCUUUCUCCCAAACCAGAAUCAACCUGUCCUCUCUGCAAAACUGAACUCAACACAGGUUCUACGGAUCCUCCUAACUUCAAUACUUGCACUGAAUGCAAGAAUCAAGUGUGUAAUCUUUGUGGAUUUAACCCUACACCACAUCUGACUGAGAUUCAAGAAUGGCUUUGUUUAAAUUGCCAAACCCGGAGAGCAAUAUCAGGACAGCUUGGAGACAUGAGCAAAAUGCCACCUGCACCAUCAGGGCCCAAAGCAUCUCCCAUGCCUAUCUCUACAGAACUACCACCUCAGAAAACAGCAGUGCCUCCCCAAGUAAAAUUAGCGAAAAAGGAGGAACAAGAAGUAAAAACAGAAGCUGAAAAAGUCGUUCUAGAAAAAGUAAAGGAAACAAUAUCAAUGGAAAACAUUCCCCCUAUGGUAACCACAGAUCAAAAACAAGAAGAGAGUAAGCUAGAGAAAGACAGAGCUUCAGUUCUUCAAGAAAAAACGCCACUCCCUGAAGAAAAAAAACUAAUCCUGAAAGAAGAAAAGGUAUGUCCUGAAGAAAAAAAGCCACUCUUAGAAGAAAAAAAACCAACCCCUGAAGACAAAAAGCUACCACCAGAGACAAAAACAUCAGCCCCAGAAGAACAAAAACAUGACUUACUUAAAUCUCAAGUACAAAUUGCUGAAGAAAAGCUGGAAGGCGGAGUGACUCCAAAGACAGUGCAAGAAGAGAAACAACCACAGACCAAGAUGGAAGAUUUACCCUCUGGCACACCUCAGCUUUUACCUAAAGAAGAUAAUAAGACAAUCAAAACAAUAAAAGAACAGCCACAGCCACCAUGCUCAGCAAAGCCUGAUCAGGUGGAACCUGGGAAAGAAAAAACAGAAAAGGAAGAUGACAAAUCAGACACCUCAAGUUCUCAGCAGCCUAAAAGCCCUCAAGGUCUGAGUGACACAGGAUAUUCUUCUGAUGGAAUAUCAAGCUCACUUGGUGAAAUUCCAAGUCUUAUUCCAACUGAUGAAAAGGAUAUUCUCAAGGGACUAAAAAAGGACUCUUUUUCACAAGAAAGCAGCCCUUCCAGCCCCUCAGAUUUGGCUAAGUUAGAAAGUACAGUCCUAUCCAUUUUGGAAGCUCAAGCAAGUACACUUGUUGAUGAAAAGUCGGAAAAGAAAACAAAACCCCAUGUGGUUUCUUCAGAACAGCCUAAAGACCAUCAGAAAACACAGAUUUUAUCUGAAACCUUGGAAAUUACUAUUUCAGAAGAGGGGAUCAAAGAAAGUCAAGAAGAAAGGAAAGACACAUUUAAAAAAGAUAGCCAACAAGGUAUUCCUUCCAGCAAGGACCAUAAAGAAAAGUCUGAGUUUGUUGAUGAUGUAACUACUAGAAGAGAGCCUUAUGAUUCUGUUGAAGACAGUAGUGAAAGUGAAAACUCACCUGUUCCACAAAGAAAACGAAGAACUAGUGUUGGCUCAUCAAGCAGUGAUGAAUAUAAACAGGAAGACAGCCAAGGAUCAGGGGAAGAGGAGGAUUUCAUUCGAAAACAAAUCAUAGAAAUGAGUGCUGAUGAAGACGCUUCAGGUUCUGAAGAUGAUGAGUUCAUCAGGAACCAGCUCAAAGAGAUUAGUAGCAGUACUGAUAACCAGAAAAAGGAAGAAACAAAGGGAAAAGGCAAAAUAGCAGCAGGGAAACACAGACGACUGACUCGAAAAACUAGCACAAGCAUUGAUGAUGAUGCAGGAAGACGUCACUCAUGGCAUGAUGAAGAUGAUGAAGCAUAUGAUGAAAGUCCUGAACUUAAAUACAGAGAAACUAAAAGUCAGGAAAGUGAAGAACUUGUAGUUGCUGGAGGAGGAGGGCUACGCCGAUUUAAAACAAUUGAGCUCAAUAGUACAAUAGCAGAUAAAUAUUCUGCAGAGUCAUCACAGAAAAAAACAGCUUUGUUUUUUGAUGAAGAGCCAGAAUUAGAAAUGGAAAGCCUGACAGACUCACCUGAAGAUAGGUCAAGGGGAGAGGGAUCUUCUAGUCUUCAUGCGUCCAGCUUUACUCCUGGUACAUCCCCUACAUCAGUAUCAUCACUUGAUGAGGACAGUGACAGUAGCCCGAGUCACAAAAAAGGAGAGAGCAAACAGCAACGCAAAGCUCGGCACAGAACACAUGGCCCUCUUUUGCCUACUAUUGAAGAUUCUUCAGAGGAAGAAGAAUUGAGAGAGGAAGAAGAAUUAUUAAAGGAGCAAGAAAAACAGAGGGAAAUAGAACAGCAACAAAGAAAGAGUUCUAGUAAAAAAUCAAAGAAAGACAAAGAUGAACUUCGAGCUCAGAGAAGAAGGGAAAGACCAAAGACACCACCUAGUAAUCUCUCUCCUAUUGAAGAUGCAUCUCCAACAGAAGAGUUACGUCAGGCCGCAGAAAUGGAGGAGCUCCAUAGAUCUUCUUGUUCUGAAUAUUCACCUAGCAUAGAAUCAGACCCAGAAGGUUUUGAAAUAAGCCCAGAAAAAAUAAUAGAAGUACAAAAAGUUUAUAAAUUGCCCACAGCUGUGUCAUUAUACUCACCAACAGAUGAGCAAUCUGUUAUGCAGAAAGAAGGUAGCCAAAAGGCAUUAAAAAGUGCUGAGGAGAUAUAUGAAGAAAUGAUGCAUAAAACACACAAAUAUAAAGCUUUUCCAGCUGCGAAUGAACGAGAUGAAGUGUUUGAAAAAGAGCCUUUGUACGGUGGCAUGCUAAUAGAAGAUUAUAUUUAUGAAUCCUUAGUAGAAGACACAUAUAAUGGAUCAGUAGAUGGAAGUCUGCUAACAAGGCAAGAAGAAGAAAAUGGAUUUAUGCAGCAGAGAGGAAGAGAGCAAAAGAUAAGACUUUCAGAACAGCUUUAUGAAGAUCCAAUGCAGAAAAUUACAGAUCUGCAAAAAGAAUUUUAUGAGUUAGAAAGCUUACAUUCUGUUAUGCCUCAAGAAGAUAUUGUUUCAAGCUCUUUUAUCAUCCCAGAAAGCCACGAGAUAGUGGAUCUGGGUACUAUGGUAACUUCUACAGGAGAAGAAAAAAAACUACUAGAUGCUGAUGCUGCCUAUGAAGAACUUAUGAAGAGGCAACAGAUGCAGUUAACACCUGGAUCCAGCCCAACCCAACCCACCAUUGGUGACGAUAUGACAGAGUCCACCUUGGACUUUGAUAGAAUGCCCGAUGCAUCUUUGACAUCAAGUGUUCUCUCAGGAGCAUCUCUUACAGAUUCAACCAGCAGUACAACACUCUCUAUCCCGGAUGUUAAAGUAACCCAACAUUUUUCAACAGAAGAAAUUGAGGAUGAAUAUGUAACCAAUUAUACAAGAGAAAUUCAAGAGAUAAUUGCCCAUGAAUCACUGAUUUUGACCUAUUCGGAGCCUUCAGAAAGUGCUACAUCUGUCCCACCCUCUGACACACCUUCUCUCACAUCAUCUGUUUCUUCCGUCGGUACCACUGAUAGCUCCUCACCUGUUACUACCCUGGAUAGCAUAACCACAGUUUAUACAGAGCCAGUGGACAUAAUAACUAAAUUUGAAGAUUCAGAGGAAAUUUCUUCAUCAACUUAUUUUCCAGGCAGCAUUAUAGACUAUCCAGAAGAAAUAAGUGUGUCUUUAGAUAGGACUACUACACCAGAAGGUAGAGCUGAUGCUGAUCAUGUUAUUUCUUUAUCUGAUAUGGUACCUUCUAUCACAGAAUCUGUAGGAUCUAAACCAGAGGGGCCAGUUGCUGACACUAUUUCUACUGACUUACCUAUAUCUGAGAAGGACCCAUUGAAGAAAGCCAAGAAGGAAACUGGGAAUGGAAUCAUUCUGGAAGUUUUGGAAGCUUACAGAGAUAAAAAGGAGUUGGAGGCUGAACUAACAAAAACUAGCUUAUCCAAAACUGUGUUUGAUCAAUCACCUUCCUCUGUAAUAGCCCUUCCAAUGAAAGAGCAGCUUUCAACUACAUACUUUACAUCUGGAGAAGACUUUGGUCAGGAAAAACCUGCAUCUCAGUUACCAUCUGGCAGUCCUUCUGUUCCCUCUCUUCCAACUAAACCUCGCCCAUUCCUGAGAAGUUCUUCUUUGGAUAUAUCAGCUCAACCUCCUCCACCUCCUCCCCCUCCUCCUCCUCCUCCUCCACCACCACCACCCCCUCCUCCCCCACCACUUCCUCCACCAACUUCACCUAAACCAACUAUUCAUCCUAAAAAAAAGUUAACAGUUACAGCUCCAGUGACUACAGCUACACCUCUGUUUGAUGCUAUUACUACUGUAGAGACCACAGCUACUCUGAGAAGUAAUGGAUUACCUGUAACAAGAAUAGCUACCACUGCACCUCCUCCUGUUCCUCCUAAGCCAUCUUCAAUUCCAUCUGGACUUGUAUUUACCCAUAGGCCUGAGCCAAGCAAACCUCCAAUCGCCCCCAAGCCAGUGAUUCCUCAGCUUCCAACAACUACACAAAAACCAACAGAUAUACAUCCCAAACCAACAGGUCUAUCUUUAACUUCAAGUAUGACCUUAAAUUUAGUGACUUCAGCAGAUUAUAAAUUGCCUUCCCCUACCUCCCCACUUUCCCCACACUCCAACAAGUCCUCACCGAGAUUUUCCAAAUCCCUCACGGAAACGUAUGUAGUUAUUACAUUGCCAUCCGAACCUGGGACUCCAACAGAUGCUUCAGCUAGUCAAGUUAUUACCAGUUGGCCCUUGGGAUCACCCUCCAAAGAUCUGGUUUCUGUUGAACCGGUGUUUUCUGUAGUUCCUCCUGUGACAGCUGUAGAAAUUCCAGGUUCUUCAGAACAGACCCUGUAUAUCUCUGGAGCUUUGCAGACAUUUUCUGCCACCCCUGUCACAGCACCCUCUUCAUUUCAAGCAGCUCCCACAUCAGUUGCACAGUUUCUCACAACUGAAGUUUCCAAGACUGAGGUUUCAGCAACCAGAAGUACAGCUCCUAGUGUUGAUCUCAGCAGCAUUUCCAUAACAAUUCCUCCAGAGCCUCUUGCUCUAGAUAACCUACAUUUAGAGAAGCCUCAGUAUAAAGAAGAUGGAAGACUGCAACUUGUUGGUGAUGUAAUUGAUUUGCGUACAGUACCAAAAGUAGAAGUUAAAACAACUGAAAAAUGUAUAGAUCUUUCUGCUUCUGCAAUGGAUGUGAAAAGACAGAUUACAACAAAUGAAGUUUAUGGGAAACAAAUUAGUGCUGUCCAACCCUCUAUUAUAAAUCUUAGUGCAACAUCAUCAACAGUGACUCCUAUAUCUCUGGCCACUGAGACAGUGACCUUUGUUACAUGCACAGCUAGUGCAAGUUACACUCCAGGCACAGAAAGCCUAGUGGGUGUGGAACAUGUAAUGGCAACACCACUCCCACUUACAACAUCAAAGCAUGCUGAGCCCCCAUAUAGGAUACCAAGUGACCAGGUCUUCCCUACGGUUAGGGAAGAAGCGCCAAUAAACUUAUCUCUAGGUACUUCAGCACAUGCAAUGACAUCGGCUAUUACAAAACCUGUCACUGUGCCUCCUGUUGGUGUCACAAAUGGAUGGACUGAUAGCACCAUAUCCCAGGGGAUCACUGAUGGGGAAGUAGUGGAUCUCAGCACAACCAAGUCUCAUAGAACAGUUGUAACAAUGGAUGAAUCUACUUCAAGUGUGAUGACCAAAAUAAUCGAAGAUGACGAAAAACCUGUUGAUUUGACUGCAGGAAGAAGAGCUGUGUGCUGUGAUGUGGUUUAUAAAUUACCAUUCGGAAGGAGCUGCACAGCACAGCAGCCUGCAACUACUCUUCCGGAGGAUCGUUUUGGUUACAGGGAUGACCACUAUCAGUAUGAUCGAUCAGGGCCAUAUGGUUAUAGAGGGAUUGGGGGAAUGAAGCCUUCCAUGUCUGACACAAAUUUAGCAGAAGCUGGACAUUUUUUCUAUAAAAGUAAGAAUGCUUUUGAUUAUACUGAAGGAACUGAUACAGCAGUAGAUCUGACUUCAGGGAGAAUUACUACAGGUGAGGUAAUGGAUUAUUCAAGCAAGACCACAGGUCCAUAUCCAGAAACAAGACAAGUCAUUUCAGGAGUUGGGAUUAGUACCCCACAGUAUUCCACAGCAAGGAUGACACCACCGCCAGGACCCCAGUAUUGUGUGGGGAGUGUUUUGAGGUCAUCUGAUGGUGUUGUCUAUUCUUCAGUAGCAACUCCGGCACCCUCUACGUUUGCUAUCACCACACAACCCGGCUCCAUUUUCAGCACCACAGUGAGGGAUUUGUCUGGUAUUCAUACAACUGAUGCCGUGACUUCAUUAUCUGCCCUUCACCAUAGCCAGCCAAUGCCUAGAUCAUAUUUUAUAACAACGGGUGCAUCAGAAACAGACAUUGCAGUAACUAGUAUUGAUAUCAGUGCCAGUUUGCAAACUAUUACUAUCGAAUCUCUUACUGCUGAGACGAUAGACUCCGUUCCCACUUUAACCACAGCAUCCGAUGUGUUUCCUGAAGUGGUGGGAGAUGAAAGUGCUCUUUUAAUUGUCCCUGAAGAAGAUAAACAACAGCAGCAGCUAGACUUGGAGCGUGAGCUCCUGGAACUGGAGAAAAUUAAGCAACAGCGCUUUGCUGAGGAAUUGGAGUGGGAACGUCAGGAAAUUCAAAGAUUCCGAGAACAAGAGAAGAUCAUGGUUCAGAAAAAGCUGGAGGAGCUGCAGUCUAUGAAGCAGCACCUUCUCUAUCAGCAAGAAGAAGAGCGGCAAGCCCAGUUCAUGAUGAGGCAGGAGACGUUAGCUCAGCAACAGUUACAGCUUGAGCAGAUCCAACAGCUGCAGCAACAACUUCACCAGCAGCUGGAGGAGCAAAAGAUUCGCCAAAUCUACCAGUAUAACUAUGACCCUUCUGGAACUGCUUCUCCACAAACCACUACAGAGCAGGCAAUUUUGGAAGGUCAGUAUGCUGCCCCAGAAGGGACUCAAUUUUGGGCAACUGAAGAUGCAACCACCACAGCCUCAGGUGUUGUGGCAAUUGAAAUACCACAGAGCCAAGGAUGGUACACUGUUCAGUCUGAUGGUGUCACCCAGUACAUUGCCCCACCUGGUAUCCUGAGCACUGUUUCAGAAAUACCUCUAACAGAUGUUGUUGUGAAAGAGGAAAAACAACCCAAAAAGAGAAGUUCUGGAGCUAAAGUCCGAGGACCAUAUGAUGAGAUGGGAGAAAAUAUGGCAGAUGAUCCCCGAAGUUUUAAAAAGAUAGUGGACAGUGGUGUACAAACGGAUGACGAAGAUGCCACAGAUCGGAGCUAUGUGAGUAGAAGAAGGAGAACUAAAAAGAGUGUGGAUACAAGCGUCCAAACUGAUGAUGAAGAUCAGGAUGAGUGGGAUAUGCCUACUAGAGCAAGGAGGAAAGCUCGUGUAGGGAAAUAUGGUGACAGCAUGGCAGAGGCUGACAAGACCAAACCCCUUUCCAAAGUCUCCAGCAUAGCAGUUCAAACGGUAGCAGAGAUAUCUGUGCAAACUGAACCAGUUGGAACCAUAAGAACACCCUCCAUACGGGCACGAGUGGAUGCCAAGGUAGAAAUAAUUAAACACAUUUCAGCACCUGAAAAGACUUACAAAGGGGGCAGUUUAGGAUGUCAAACAGAAGCAGAUUCAGACACACAAAGUCCUCAAUAUCUGAGUGCCACAUCUCCACCCAAAGACAAGAAACGCCCAACACCUUUAGAGAUUGGUUAUUCAUCUCACCUCCGAGCAGAUUCCACAGUACAGCUGGCUCCUUCCCCACCCAAAUCCCCCAAAGUCCUUUAUUCACCCAUCUCACCACUUUCACCAGGCAAAGCCUUAGAAUCAGCCUUUGUACCUUAUGAAAAACCCCUCCCUGAUGAUAUAAGUCCACAGAAAGUACUGCAUCCAGAUAUGGCUAAAGUUCCCCCAGCAAGUCCUAAGACAGCCAAGAUGAUGCAGCGUUCUAUGUCUGACCCCAAGCCUCUGAGUCCAACAGCAGACGAAAGUUCCAGGGCUCCUUUUCAGUAUACCGAGGGCUAUACGACUAAAGGUUCUCAAACCAUGACACCCUCUGGAUCCCAGAAAAAAGUUAAAAGGACUCUGCCAAAUCCGCCUCCCGAGGAGAUUUCCACAGGAACUCAAUCCACAUUCAGCACAAUGGGCACAGUUUCCAGGAGAAGGAUCUGCAGAACCAAUACCAUGGCAAGAGCCAAGAUUCUCCAGGACAUAGACCGAGAGCUUGAUCUUGUGGAAAGGGAAUCUGCAAAGCUCAGAAAGAAACAAGCAGAGCUUGAUGAAGAAGAAAAGGAGAUUGAUGCCAAGCUACGAUACCUGGAAAUGGGAAUUAACAGGAGGAAAGAGGCAUUAUUAAAGGAGAGAGAAAAGAGAGAACGAGCCUAUCUCCAGGGGGUAGCUGAGGAUCGUGAUUACAUGUCUGACAGUGAAGUGAGCAGCACAAGACCAACCCGAAUAGAAAGUCAGCAUGGCAUUGAGCGACCAAGAACUGCUCCUCAAACUGAAUUCAACCAGUUUAUACCACCACAAACCCAAACAGAAUCUCAACUAGUUCCUCCAACAAGUCCUUACACACAAUAUCAAUACUCUUCCCCUGCUCUUCCUACCCAAGCACCCACCUCAUACACCCAACAGUCUCAUUUCCAGCAACAAACUUUGUACCACCAGCAAGUUUCACCUUAUCAGACUCAGCCAACAUUCCAAGCUGUGGCAACAAUGUCCUUCACACCUCAAGCUCAACCUACACCAACCCCACAGCCUUCUUAUCAGUUACCUUCACAGAUGAUGGUGAUACAACAGAAGCCACGCCAAACUACGUUAUAUUUGGAGCCCAAGAUAACCUCAAACUAUGAAGUAAUUCGCAACCAACCCCUUAUGAUAGCACCUGUUUCUACUGAUAAUACAUAUGCUGUUUCCCAUCUUGGUAGUAAGUACAAUAGUUUAGACUUGAGAAUAGGUUUGGAGGAAAGAAGUAGCAUGGCAAGCAGUCCAAUAUCAAGCAUAUCUGCAGAUUCUUUCUAUGCAGAUAUUGAUCACCAUACUCCACGAAAUUAUGUCCUAAUUGAUGACAUUGGAGAGAUCACCAAAGGAACAGCAGCAUUAAGCACCGCAUUUAGCCUUCAUGAGAAGGAUCUGUCAAAAACAGACCGUCUCCUUCGAACUACUGAAACACGCCGGUCUCAAGAAGUGACAGAUUUCCUAGCACCUUUACAGACUUCCUCUAGAUUGCAUAGUUAUGUGAAGGCAGAGGAAGACCCAAUGGAGGAUCCUUAUGAGUUAAAGCUUCUGAAACAUCAGAUUAAACAGGAAUUUCGUAGAGGGACAGAGAGCUUAGAUCACCUUGCUGGUCUUUCUCAUUAUUACCAUGCCGAUACUGGCUAUCGACAUUUUCCAAAAUCUGAAAAGUAUAGCAUCAGUAGACUCACGCUUGAAAAACAAGCAGCAAAACAACUGCCAGCAGCCAUACUUUAUCAAAAGCAGUCAAAGCAUAAGAAAUCACUAAUUGACCCUAAAAUGUCAAAAUUUUCACCUAUUCAAGAAAGUAGAGAUCUUGAACCUGAUUAUUCAAGCUAUAUGACUUCUAGCACUUCAUCUAUUGGUGGCAUUUCUUCCAGGGCAAGGCUUCUUCAAGAUGACAUCACUUUUGGUCUCAGAAAAAAUAUUACAGACCAACAAAAAUUUAUGGGAUCCUCUCUUGGCACAGGACUGGGCACAUUAGGAAAUACCAUACGGUCAGCUCUGCAGGAUGAAGCAGAUAAGCCAUACAGUAGUGGCAGCAGGUCCAGACCUUCCUCUAGACCUUCUUCUGUCUAUGGGCUUGAUUUAUCAAUUAAAAGAGAUUCUUCUAGCUCUUCCCUAAGACUGAAAGCUCAAGAGGCUGAAGCUCUAGAUGUUUCCUUUAGUCAUGCAUCAUCCUCUGCCAGAACUAAGCCGACCAGUUUGCCAAUCAGUCAAAGUAGAGGAAGAAUACCAAUUGUGGCCCAGAAUUCUGAAGAAGAAAGCCCACUCAGUCCUGUUGGCCAGCCAAUGGGAAUGGCCAGGGCUGCAGCCGGACCCCUGCCACCAAUAUCUGCAGACACUAGGGAUCAGUUUGGAUCGAGCCACUCAUUGCCUGAAGUUCAGCAACACAUGAGGGAAGAAUCACGGACUCGAGGCUAUGACCGUGACAUAGCAUUCAUCAUGGAUGACUUCCAACAUGCCAUGUCAGACAGUGAAGCCUAUCAUCUGCGUCGUGAGGAAACAGAUUGGUUUGAUAAACCCAGGGAGUCUCGUUUGGAAAACGGACAUGGUCUGGACCGAAAACUGCCCGAAAGAUUGGUCCACUCUAGACCACUCAGUCAACAUCAAGAGCAAAUUAUACAGAUGAAUGGGAAAAGUAUGCACUACAUCUUUCCUCAUGCAAGGAUAAAAAUAACAAGAGACUUAAAGGAUCACACAGUUUCAGGUAAUGGAUUAGGAAUUAGAAUUGUGGGUGGUAAAGAAAUCCCUGGACAUAGUGGAGAAAUUGGAGCCUAUAUUGCCAAGAUUCUUCCUGGGGGAAGUGCGGAACAGACAGGGAAACUUGUGGAAGGGAUGCAAGUAUUGGAAUGGAAUGGAAUUCCCUUAACUUCUAAAACAUAUGAAGAAGUUCAGAGUAUCAUUAGUCAGCAAAGUGGGGAAGCAGAAAUAUGUGUAAGACUGGACCUCAAUAUGCUAUCAGAUUCUGAAAACCCCCAGCAUCUGGAACUUCAUGAGCCACCAAAAACUGUGGAUAAGGCGAAAUCCCCAGGGGUUGAUCCUAAGCAAUUGGCAGCCGAACUCCAGAAGGUUUCACUACAGCAGUCACCACUGGUUCUGUCGUCAGUUGUUGAAAAAGGAUCUCAUGUUCAUUCAGGUCCUACAUCAGCAGGAUCCAGUUCUGUUCCCAGCCCUGGGCAACCAGGGUCCCCCUCAGUGAGCAAAAAGAAGCACAGCAGCAGCAAGCCUACUGAUGCAACAAAGGUGGUCUCUCAUCCAAUUACAGGAGAGAUUCAGCUUCAAAUUAACUAUGAUCUUGGAAAUCUCAUAAUACAUAUUCUCCAAGCAAGAAAUCUCGUUCCUCGAGACAACAAUGGUUAUUCUGACCCUUUUGUGAAAGUGUACCUUCUUCCAGGGAGAGGUCAAGUCAUGGUUGUCCAGAAUGCAAGUGCUGAGUACAAGAGAAGGACUAAAUAUGUUCAGAAAAGUCUUAAUCCUGAGUGGAAUCAAACAGUAAUUUAUAAAAGUAUUUCCAUGGAACAGCUCAAGAAGAAAACACUGGAGGUGACAGUUUGGGAUUAUGAUAGAUUUUCAUCCAACGACUUUCUUGGGGAGGUAUUGAUUGAUUUAUCUAGCACAUCUCACCUCGAUAACACUCCAAGGUGGUAUCCUCUCAAAGAACAGACUGAAAGCAUUGAUCAUGGCAAGUCUCAUUCCAGUCAGGGCAGCCAGCAGUCUCCAAAGCCAUCUGUUAUAAAAAGCAGAAGCCAUGGUAUCUUCCCUGACCCAUCAAAGGACAUGCAGGUUCCCACCAUUGAGAAAUCCCAUAGUAGUCCUGGUAGCUCAAAAUCAUCAUCAGAAGGCCAUCUCCGUUCUCAUGGACCCUCUCGCAGUCAAAGCAAAACCAGCGUCACUCAAACCCACCUGGAAGAUGCAGGGGCUGCCAUAGCUGCUGCCGAAGCCGCCGUGCAACAACUCCGCAUUCAACCAACAGCACAUAAAAGCGGUCAGUCUAAUCAUGCCAGGAAGCAGCACAGACACAGCAUAGCAGGAGUCCUCCCCAUUCAAAGAACUCAGUCUGAUAAUCUGCCUCCACCAGCCAAUGGCAACCAAGACCAAAGCCAGCUAGCCCUCAGGAAGGUGAUGUCUGAUGGACCAGUCAAGCCAGAAGGAGCAAAGCCUCCCAAUCACCGGCCUGCAGAAAGCUCUGUGUCCACCGGCUCCUCGGGCAGCAGCUUUGGCAGUGGAUAUAGCGUGGACAGUGAAGGAAGCAGCAGCACUGCAGGGGAGACUAAUCUAUUUCCUAUUCCGAGGAUAGGGAAGAUGGGACAGAAUGGACAAGAGCCUGUAAAACAGCCAGGGGUAGGAGUAGGACUAGCAGACUCAGAAGCUAAAACUCAAGUAAUGGGAGAAAUCAAGAUUGCAUUGAAGAAGGAAAUGAAGACAGAUGGUGAACAACUAAUAGUUGAAAUUCUCCAAUGCAGAAAUAUUACAUACAAAUUUAAGUCUCCUGAUCAUCUACCAGAUUUAUAUGUGAAAAUAUAUGUGAUGAAUAUUUCUACCCAAAAAAAGGUGAUCAAGAAAAAAACAAGAGUAUGCAGACAUGAUCGAGAGCCUUCAUUCAAUGAAACUUUUCGAUUCAGUCUAAGUCCUGCAGGACAUUCUCUUCAGAUUUUACUUUUCUCCAAUGGAGGAAAGUUUAUGAAAAAGACCUUGAUUGGUGAAGCCUGUAUCUGGCUUGACAAAGUGGAUCUCAGAAAAAGAAUAGUCAACUGGCACAAACUUUUGGUCAGUCCUACUCAAACACAUUGAAGAAACAUGUCUUCUCAGGGUAUAGAAACUGUUCUAAAUAGCCUCACAUCAAGACUAUAGUUGGAUACAAUUGUACUAAGCUAAGUUUUGAGAGGCAGCGUAAGAGUGGGAACAACUGGCAAAAUCAUACUGAACGCUUUGUACAUUUAUCGUUGUGGACCAUACAAAGACAUUCAGUUGAAAAAGUUCACAUAUUGAAAACAAAAAGGAAUGGAGUUCUGAGACCUUGGAUUUCCCAUAGCUGUGAAAGAAACUGUGAAAGAAAUUUUGAUUACUUAAGGCAGAAGUCUUUGAGCAGAGUUGAGCUAUAGCUUAAGACAGAGGCUCAAAGAUUAAUGUGGUUUCCAGUGCAGCACAAAGGUAAUUCUUUAUGCAAAGAAGCCUUGGUUGAAAGGAAAGAACUGAUGUAACAAAUCUGUUUUCAACACUUCAAAAAUCUUCCUUCAUCGUCUUCUAUUGAGACAACUGGCUGCUUUCAGAUUCUGACAUAAGAUACAUCUACAAUAUAUGUUCAGGACCGGAAGUGAGGUGGCUGUGUUCUUAGGGAAAAUGGAAUAGGAGAUGUAGAAAUCAUGGCUUUUAGGCCACAUUUUUUUUGGUUUUCUCUGUGUAUAAAUGUUACAAGGGUAUACAACACUGACUUUGAAUCCAUGUGGUAAAAAUGCAUUUGUUUCAAUAUAAUUUGAAAUAAUGUAGAGUGAAGAUAAUAUUAGGUAGAAAUAAAAUUGAAUUUAUCUAGAAAUAAAACUAUGACUGGCUAAUGAAGAAGAAUGUCGCCCCAUACAAUAUUGGAAUUUUGAUUGAAACCAUCAAAAUCUUCAUAAUUUGCCAUUAACCCAAGACAUCUUCAAUCUAUGUACCAAAGGAACUAAAGUAAACUGAUAUGUUCUAGGAAGCAUGACAAUGUAUUCUUUGUGAAACUGCAAAUUAAUGUAUUAUCCUGCACAUUUCUUUUCUCUUGAGAUACAUUGACAGAGAAAGAAAAUUCUUUCUCUGGCAAACAAACCAUAUUAAUCUUGUGACAUUAAUUAAUUAAAUGGGUAUCAUUUCCUCAUUUCAUAAUAUUUUACCCUUCUUUUGUUAAUGAGUGAAUUCAUUUAUUGACUGUAUCAUGAAAACCUGACACCAAACUCCAGUUCUCUCUAGUGCUCUAUUUUCUUACUUUAUUGACAAUAUCACAGUGAUCGAGUUCAUCAAUGUUGAGAAAAUACGUUAUAAGUCAACAUUUACCUGAGGUUAAAAUAUACUUUGAACUAUUUUAAUAAUAAUGAAUAAAACAACUAAUGUCCAAGUCUUAAAAUGAAGCACCCUCUUCUCUAUCAGCGUUAUUCAUUAAGAAAGUAAUGUGAAGUUGUGGAAAACACACUCAGCAGGGAGUAAAAGCCUGGCUUCUGGUCUUAGUUCUGCCACUGACUAUGUCACCUUGCACAUGUCACUUAAACUCACUUUACCCCAGUUUUCUCAUCUGUAGGAUAAAAAUAAUUAUAUAUUCUUAACCUUCCAAAUGAGAUGUUGGGAUGAUAAAUCAAUGAUCUAUGAAAGAUGAAAGCACAUUUCCAAAUAUAGUUUUAUGCACAGAAGUAAGGAGUAAUUAUUACAUAGCUUUUUAAUUCUCAAAUUUUAUAUGUGAAAAAUAUCACCUAAAUCAAUGACAAGGAUUGACAUGGACAAAAGCAGUAAAUUAGCUACAAAGCUUAUUUUUUAUUUAAAAUAUAAACUUUAACCUAAAAAAAGGUGAAGAAUUACAUGAAAAUGAUUUGCAAAUUUUGUUAUUCUAAAUUAAAUGAAUAAUAUUGGUCUCACCCUAUUCUUAUAUUCUAUCCAAAAUAAAUCAAAUUGCUUCUCAGGGCAUUCUGAGCUUAAAACCUGUUGCUUUAUUCAAGGGCAAAAUGUUAACGGGAUUAGAGAAAACCAUCUCUAGAUAUUGGUUGGAUAUGGAAUUUUCUCAUUUAAAAAAACGCUUUAAAUUUGAGAGGAAUGUAAAGCAAUAAAAAUAAGAGAAUUUCUAACAUAUCCCAGGCCACAUAUAUAUGUCACAUAUAUAUAUAUGUAACUUCAUGUAUAUAUAUAUGUAUAUAUAUACAUAUAUAUAUGACUUCAGAAUACAAAUUAACUCUUCCCCAGACUGAAAAAGAUAACCAUAACUUUUCUUUCCUCUAUUUUUUAAUCCCCCUCCACUGAAAAUGCAAUGUCAUUUACCAUUGACAUUACUCUAAAAUGAGUAUGGGAGAGAGGAAUCAUGAAAGAUUUUAUAUUGCUAAGAUUUUAUUUUUAGAGAUGAUUAGAUCUGCCAAUGGUUGCCAUGGAUAUUUCCAGCAGAAGCUAGCACUUGAAGAAGCCUAUAAUCAUCAUUCAUAAUUGGGGAAGAAAAGGUCCAAGAUCUCCUUCUGACAUAACAAGGUUCUGAUAUUUGCCCUUAAAAGCAAACCCUGACUCAUCUCUGAUCCUCUUUUGCAGCCACUCAUAUCCAGAGGUGUGCAUGAAAGUUUGUAUGACCAGUUAGCUUUCUUCAUUCCAGUUGCAAUUUCUUUUAGAAUAAUAUAAAUGGAGGGAUCACCAAAACAAAGAUUAUCUCUUUGGUAGCUAUUUAACCUGAAAGAGUAGGAGUCUCUCCAUUAUAGAAGCCCCUCCGUUCCAAAGAACUAGUGAUGGGGUGAGGUCAAUCAGCAGAGUUGACAACAGGGCUUCUUUUUGUGCACCAGCAUUCCCCUUCAGAGAGCAUAAGAUCCUGCCAGUGUGCCAAGUUUGCAGCUGACCAAACUUCUAGAUUGUACUGGAAUUAUUCUAUGCAACACUGAUUCUUAUAUGAAUGCAUUUCUUCUGAAUGAUGUUGACUUCCCUUCUUAAAACAAAACUGUUUCUUUUUUAUUGCAAAUAGGGCUCUUGGUGUUUUUUACUUUUUUGUACAUAUCACAGUACAUGGUUUUCCAUUCUUUCAUUUAUUUCAUUUUAUUGGAAUUGACUUUUUUUUAUUCUAAUACUGACAGAGUUUGUAAUCUAUAUAGAAUACGUGAUUAGUCCAAUUAUAACAUUUUUACCUUAAAGAGCAUCUCAGUUUUUCCCACAGUUUCAUUGAGUCAUCAGAGACUGAUGUUGCUUUUUAAUUUAAAAUUUGGUCCUAAAGAAACUUUCAGCUGUGGAAACAAAAGCACAGAGUGAAUUUUUACAAAAGACGGGGAAUAUAGAAUAGUCAUUACAGACACAAAUAACCCUAGUAGCAAGAGGUUGGUGUUUUCCCUGUUUUUUCUUAAGAUUAAGGAGAUUUUUGGUGACUCUGAACUUUUUAUUUAUAUUUCAGUUUAAAAGAACAAUACCAAGACUAAAGGGCAUCAAUUGUCUUUACUCCUUAAUAUUGCCCAUAUUUUAAUAAAUUACACUAAUUAAAUGCAUAUUUUCAGCAUACCAGUGGAAUUACUUUUGUGGAUCACACACAUUUAAAUAGUCAUAUUGUGGGAAUAUUAUAGCUGGUAACCAGCUGAUAUUGAUUCUUAUAGGAACGACUGUAAUGAUAGUGGUGGUAGCAGUAGUGAUGUUAGCAGUGGUGGUGAUGUGAAGUAAAAUAAAAUUAUAUUCUAUUGUGCCCAAUUUAUUAGAAAUUAUUUGAUCAAUGCUUCAUUUCCUUAAAAUAUCAUAAAGAUGUUUAUAGUAUUUUUUUACUUUAUUAUUUAAAUCAUAACUAACAAUAUUUUUAAAAACUUAUUUUCAUUGCUACAAUGUCAAAUAUUCCAAGAUCAGCCAACUACAGCUAUAUAUGUGUUUAUAUGUGUGACAGAAGUGAUCUUCCUUCCCUCUUUUUGAGCUUGAAAUGAAAAGUGAAAGAAAACUCAAUGAAUAAUUGUGAGCUAUUUAUUUAAUAAUCACUUGCCUUGGGUGUAAUACAAUAAUGAAUGAGUGAAACAAAUAUUCUCAUUAAAUAUGACACAAUGAUGUAUUCUGUAUGUUUCAUGUUCUAUUAUUAAAGGUAUCCAUAAAACCAAAAUCAUUUAAUCAAAUUCUUUAUCUGAUAGGUAGAUGGAGAUCGUUUUCUUAAUUCAUCACCUUGUACAUAAGUAUACAUUUGGUAAAGUAGACAAAGUUGAAAUAUUAAUUUCAUUUGGCAAUCAGCAUGUGAAUAUGAUUAUUGUUUGAUUGUGUCUGUAUAUUUGUUCAGUGAUGUGCUCAGGUGCUCCCACUACUGAUAAAUGUGUGUGCUAAUAACCUAACAACACAUAUGAGGUUUAAGAAAAAAUUUUCUUGUCUGAAAAAAUAAAAACCUUAAUAAAACUGAUUUUGAAAUAAAAACUAAAGUACUUGAAGACAUGUCUUGUUUCUGACUACAUGUUGCAUGCCAUGUUGGUGAUUUGCUAAUGUGUUCCUUUUUGUUUUACCUAAAUCCCUUUGGAAAAUCUAAUGAACAAAUGCAAAUUCUUGGGCUAAGGAUUGUAUAAAUGGACCUGAAAAUACAUGAGAAUUGUAUUUAAAAAAUGCUUGUAAAACUGUCUUGAGUUUUACUCUAUGUAAAAAUAUGUCUUGGUUUUGUGAUUGUAUACAAGAUGUAUCUUGAUAACUUAUAUGUAAAUUGUGCCGUAUAAAGGCUGUUGCCUCAGCCUUACUAAUAAAUAUUGAAAAUAUCAA